UCUUCCCCAACCAACAUGGCGACAAUUUUCUACCACCACCAAGAUGGCGGAUAGUCACAUGACUCUGAACGGGAAAAUGGAGGAAGCCUGUUCUCCGGUACUUUUUGUAGUCAGUGGAAUACCCCCCAUGUUCCGCUCCUCUCAUAUGCGACAUUAUUUCAGUCAGUUUACAGAAAGCGAUGGCUUCGUGUGUUUUCACUAUCGCCACCGACCGGAGCGGAGGGCACCGGCGGCUGAGAAAUGUACGACCUGCUGCUGUCCGGUUACAGUCAGGCCGGAGAGGGCAGAGAGCUUCAUGAGGAUGUAUCAUGGGAUGCCAUGGCUGGACCCAGCAGGGAAUCAAGUACCCGGGAGGUGCCUUAUCCACAGAGUGCGGGAUACUCCAGACGAGGACCCCCAGGACUUCCCCUACAAGACUCGACGUGAAUUGUUGGGACCCCGAUGUUCUGUGGACGCAGAGAAGCAUGUAACAUCGGCAGAGCUGCUCAGAAUGCCAGAGCUUAAACCUCCUGCGCUCAUGCCACAAGGAAAUGUUGGUACCCCCGUGGGUGUAUUCUUGCAGCUAAUUCGAUCGUGCCGCUUGCCACCUAAGCUCAUAACUCGACUGGGUCUGAAGUUUCGUCGUUCAGGGCGGCGUUACAGCAGUGUUCCUUAUGUUUAUACUGGAACAGAGACCUCCGAAAAAGAGGAGGGUGUCUACACUGCUAAUGGACAUGAGAUCAGUGAAGGAGGCAGACUUGGAUCAAAUGUGUCUGAAUCGGAUCUUCCUAAAGAAGAGAAUGACACUGAGGAGAAGUCCCACUCUGAAGAUGAUAACGACACUUGCGAAGAAUGGGAGCGACAUGAAGCCUUACAUGAAGAUGUCACUUCACAAGAGCGGUCAAAAGAACGGCUGUAUGAGGAAGAAAUUGAGCUAAAAUGGGAGAAGGGUGGCUCAGGACUGGUGUUCUACACAGAUGCCCAGCUAUGGCAGGAGCAGGAGGGGGAUUUUGAUGAACAGACGGCUGAUGAUUGGGAUGUGGACAUGAGUGAGUAUUAUGAGCCUGGUACUGGAGAUAAGGAUGCCAAAGAUUUUGUGAAGAUGCGAGCUGAGACAAGAAGGCGAGAAGGACUGGACACAGCUGGGCAGAGACUUGAUCUGGGUGGCUUUGAACGGUAUACAAAGGGAGUUGGGCGAAAGUUAAUGGAGCGUCAAGGCUGGACUGAUGGAGAAGGACUUGGUUCAAGUGGAGCAGGAAUGCCAGAGGCAUUGGAGAAUGAAGGACAGCAUCCAAAAUGCAAAUAUGGCUUUGGGUAUCACGGGGAAAAACUGUCAACUUUCUGUCCAAAACAGAAGAAACCAAGGCAUUACAUCUCCACAGUGUAUGAUGAGCCACAAGAAGAAGACAUGGGGGACACAUUAUUGCGUCGCCAACCUUCUACAACCCUGAAACACCGGAACAAUCGGAUGAGUGCUGGACAAUGAGUGCUGGACAAUAUUGUGCUAUUUGGUUAACAGCAACUAUAUAAAUUGCUCACCACCAAAGUUCUAAUGCCCUCAGAACAAUCCAUGUAGAUCGUGGUAGGUUGGCAGCGCUCACCUUAUGAAUACAAGGGACUCAUAUUGUCAUGAGUUCUCUGUUCUCUAUCUUUGCUGCUAUUUUAAAGAGGAUCUAUGAACUCUGCUGAUUUCCUCAUAAACAAACAAUUCUGGACCAUCUACUGUAUUCCUACAGGAAGUGUGCAUUCUAGAGUUCUGUUACUCCGUGAGAUCUAUGAAUACAUUGACGACUACAUGUUACCAUGUGUAGGGACACCUCCCUUUGAUGAGGCAAAUGGGAACACCCUGUUAAUUCAUUUCUAGUUUUCUAGGAGGGAUAACAGAGGCGUGUGUGUGCCCUACAUACCCUGAUACUUAGUUUAUAAAGUCUGGACUCAUGAAAAGUUCUCUUUAAACAGAAGAAACAAGUCAGGAGUGGUAACAGGUUAUUAGGCCAUUAUUUAUGCAAUUUGGUCUAAAAGUAUAGCGGAUCUGUCCUUAUGCCGACAGAUCCACUUUAAAGAGUAUAUUUUAGCAGGAUCAACUCUAUUUAAACCAGGCAUCUUGUGUCGUAGGGUUGAUCCUGCUUAUUAAAAUAUCUGUUUUGGGAAAAUUGGAUGGGGCAUUCCUGAGACGAAAGACUUAUAUUGCCUUUGAAAAAUAAGGCUUCAAUACACGGGCCUAGUCCCCAUAGUUCACCUCAGCAUUCAAGUGCUGGCCAUGCCAAUUGGUGCACUGAAGCCCUUGUUAUAUUUUUAUGACUGUACUCUCAGGUCAUUUUAUACUGUUUUAUCAUUGUAAUUUAUUUUUGCAGAUUUGCAUAACCUAUUUUACUUUAUUAAAUGUGUAAAAUGUA